UGUUUUUGACCGGAAAAGAAAGUAGACCUCUUCCGGUUCCGGUCAGCGCUGUAUGUUGUGAGUUGAUCUGAAACUUUUUCGCCUCAACUUUAGUUUUGAUAAAGUGAAGAGACUCCGCGAGGCGGAGCGCGUGAGCUGCUGGUAGCUUCUGUUAGCUGCGGUUAGCUUCUGUUAGCUUCUGGUAGCUGCUGGUAGCUGCAGUUAGCUGCUGUUAGCUUCUGUUAGCUGCGGUUAGCUGCUGGUAGCUGAGGUUAGCUGCUGGUAGCUGCUGGUAGCUGAGGUUAGCUGCUGGUGGCUGCGGUUAGUUGCUGGUAGCUGCUGUUAGCUGCUGGUAGCUUCUGUUAGCUGCGGUUAGCUGCUGGUAGCUUCUGUUAGCUCUUGGUAGCUGCCGUUAGCUGCUGGUAGCUUCUGUUAGCUCUUGGUAGCUGCUGGUAACUUCUGUUAGCUCUUGGUAGCUUCUGUUAGCUCUUGGUAGCUGCUGUUAGCUCUUGGUAGCUGCUGGUAGCUGCGGUUAGCUGCUGGUAGCUUCUGUUAGCUCUUGGUAGCUGCUGGUAGCUUCUGUUAGCUCUUGGUAGCUGCUGGUAACUUCUGUUAGCUCUUGGUAGCUGCUGUUAGCUCUUGGUAGCUGCUGGUAGCUGCUGGUAGCUUCUGUUAGCUGUUGGUAGCUGUGGUUCGCUUCUGUUAGCUCUUGUUAGCUGCUGUUAGCUGCUGGUAGCUUCUGUUAGCUGCUGUUAGCUGCUGGUAGCUGCGGUUAGCUGCUGGUAGCUUCUGUUAGCUCUUGGUAGCUGCGGUUAGCUGCUGGUAGCUGCUGGUAGCUGCGGUUAGCUGCGGUUAGCUGCUGUUAGCUGCUGUUAGCUGGCAGGAUGAGCUCCUUAGUGGCCCUUCACACCCAGCUGGCCACCGUCAUGGAGUCUUUGGUUCACGCUGCGGUGGCGGAGCUCAAGAAGCUGGUGGACAACAGCUCGAUCUUUCUGGACCUCCGGACCGAAGCAGAGCUGCCUCUGCCGGCCAAAGUUUCAUCAGAGAGCCGGGAGAAGACGGUGCUGUUCGCCUCCAUCAUGGAGACCCUGGGGAACGAGGCUCUGGGGAAAAUUAUGAACAUCGUGGAUGAAGCCGAGCUGGUGUCAGGACGGACUGGGAAGAGACCACAGACCAGCGUCCUCCACAUCCUGAACAACGCACAAGUCGAGUUGGAACACUCGUACGGCGUCCGACUGCAGAGCUGCGACCCGGACAGGUCGCCACAGACGUCGCUGCUGACCCAACCAGAGAAGGAGACGGGGGAGGUUCCGUUUGUGCCGGCGGUGACAGUCAAAGACGGACUUGGAAACAUCGACCUAGGAGCCAUCGCUGAGAGAGCUCAUGAUGAAGCUCAGCUUCUUCUAAUCGACCGGCAGGAGGACAUUUCCGCUUCCCCUGAGUUUGUUCUUGAGAGCGUCACCUGGAAGUACUUCACAUGCACGCUGUGCAGCAAGUCCUUCACUUCUCAGAGCAACCUGAGGAGCCACCAGCGUAUCCACUCUGAGGAGAAGCCGUUCUCCUGCAGCAUCUGCGGCAGAGCGUUCCGUCAGAGGCAGAGCAUGCAGAGCCACACACGCAUGCACACGGGGGAGCGGCCGUACAAGUGUCCCGAGUGCGAGAAGUGUUUCACCAAACAGACGCAGCUGAAGACGCACUCCAUCAUCCACACUGGGGAGAAGCCGCAUGGCUGUGAGGUGUGUGGCAGCCGCUUCAGCCUGCUGCAGAACCUGCACCGCCAUCAGCUCACGCACACGGGCAAGAAGCUCUUCGUGUGCAACGUGUGCGGGAAAGGUUUCACCCGUUCCGUCACGCUUAAGACUCAUGAACUCAUCCACACGGGACAGAAACCCUUCAAAUGCGAGGAGUGUCCCAAGACCUUUCGCCACGCCGUCAACCUCAAGAACCACCAGAGGAUCCACAGUGGCGUGCGGCCCUUCAGCUGUGAGCUCUGUGGGAAGAGCUUCCGCCAGUCAGUGAACCUGAAGAUCCACCGCAGAAUCCACACCGGCGAGCGACCGUUUAGCUGCCAGGAGUGCGGCAAGACGUUCAGCCAGCAGAGCAGCCUGAUCUCACACGGCCGCACUCACUCCUCCGAGAAGCCGUUCGCCUGCAGCUCCUGCGACAAGAAGUUUAACAACGCCAACAGCCUGAAGCUGCACGAGCGCGUCCACACGGGGGAGAAACCGUACACCUGCGACAUCUGCGGCAAGACCUUCAGUCAGGGAAGUCAUCUGAGGACGCACAAGAGACACGUCCACGCCGGCGGCAAACAGUUCAUCUGCGACAAAUGCGGGAAGAGGUACUCGGACCAACGCAACAUGAAGUUGCACAAGUGCAGCUACGCGUGAAUGAGAUGACGCAGGGAUUUAAAAUGAACUGUAUCAAAGUUCUGGACAUUCAGGGAUUAAAACUCAGUUUGAAUUUUAUUUUACUUAUGAAACAGGUUUUUUUAAGAGGAAAAUUAUUUAUUCAGUGUUGAGGAGGGUAAACCGAUCAGAUGUCAUUUGUGUUGAUAUGUGUUGGGCUUUGAAAAUUUCCCAUGAGCCUCUUCUCACAGCAGUGCACGAUCUUUGACCUUUGAUAUUUAAAGGUGAGAGAGGACUUAAGUAUGACGUGUGACUGUCUACGUGGACGCUAAAUACUUCAGUGUAACGGCUGCUCACAGUUACACAACGGUUACAGAUCCCUCAUGUUUUCCUGAGGAGUGUCAAAGUGUUUUUGUUCGUUAUGAAACUGACGAGACAAAUUAGAAGAUGCCACAGUGGAUAUAAUGAAUGAAACUCGGGGUCAGGGCUUCAGCCUCCACGCAGGAUUAGCUUUCACAGCGCCCCCUAGUGGAUGUUCAAUAUUAUUGGACCAGAUAAGGACACGUAUCUAUAAUAAGCCCGGUAGGAUUUUAUAAUAUUUCAAGAAUUUUGUAAAAAGUAAUAAAUGUUAAAUUUCUGUUGCAA